UUCAUAGGUUUGUGAUACUGAUGUAGUCUAGAUCUAGCCAGUCAAACACUACUAGAUCUAGACCUAGCAAAUAAUCUGGAUUCUAGACGAUUAUGAAUGGAAACCUAGAAUAGAAUGACUCUAGAUUAGAAUUAGGGUAUUAGAUCUAGACUAAAGAUAAAUGGCUUUGCCUAUUGCUUUGUUCUCGUCAUCUUCAGAACAUUAUAAGCCGCUUGAAUUUGUCAAAUCGAUAUUGAAACCUUCUGAUUUGCCAACACCAAAGGUUGUUUGUGAUGAAAUUGAAAGCUAUGAGUGGCACUUUGAAACUAAGUACUAUGACACUACCAUUCAGUUGUGUACUACAGAGAACAGAACCAUUGGAAAUGAAGACUUUGCAAGCUCUGUUGAAGCUUUUGUUCAUUAUUUUGAUCCAAACUCUAUAACUUCAUUUGAUGGUGUCAAGGCUUGGCUACCUUAUUUGAAACACAUUGAACCCGAAGUACAAAUGCUUGUAUGUACAACCAACAAAAAUACUGAUGUUGUGUGUAAAAGAGUUGUGCUAGAAUGGUGCAUACAACAUGGCUUUGAACUUGUGGAACUAGAGCCCGAAGCUGAAACAGAUGCAGAAGAGGAUGAUUUCCCAGAAACCACAGGAAUGGCCAGAAUCAUCCAAGCUCUCCAUGCUCAUACUUGGUCAAAUUUAAACAUGAAAAAUAGUCCUACUGUCUACAGCCCCUACAUGCAACAAUUGAUGAAAGACCAACAGAUACUUAAUCAUUCCACAGAUGAUCAAACCCCACCAUUAGCUCCUGUUCCAUCAGACCACCAACAGACUUGCUGUACAGACACCAGUCAAACUUGUAGUGCAGGAAACAAACCAGAUUCAGUGUUAGAGACUUGUUUAACUAAUGAAGUGCUACCUUCUGGUGUGCAAGAAGAGGCAAGUUCAGAAUUAGUAAAUGAAGGUCAUACCUUAGAAGACAUUGAUUGGAUGACUUUGUUGAAAUCAGAUGAAGAUGCCAGUGAUACUUUGAUGGGCGAUGAACUUGGAAUAGAAGAGUUUGAAAAGCUGUUUAUGAAACUUAAAGUUAUGAAAGAUAAAGCAGAAGUUUUGCCACCGGAGGAAAGAAAGAAAUAUGCAGAAAAGGUUGCCAUUUCAUUUUGGAAAGCUGUUGGGGGUGAUGAAGCUGAGAUUGAAGGUUUGGAGGAUGACUCAGAUUGAUACAAUAAAUUAUAUAGAAUAAAAUACAA